AUGAAGUCUGACAUUCUGGAGAAGAUAUGUGAUGAGAUCUACAAGUAUAAAUCUUAUCCCAGCAGUGCAAACUUUUGUGAAGUUUCAGAGGCACUUGUCAAGAAACACCCUUGCUUGGCAGAAAAAGGAUCUUUCAAUGGUUGCUACGGGUGGACACAGAGACUUAAAAUGAAGAUAGUAAACCUACACACACAGAUGAAAGGCCUUGGAUGCCCAGAGUAUUCGGUUAAUUCUCUGCAAACCAAAGCUUCAGAUCAUGCUUUUCCAGCCAAUAAUGUUGAACGGCCUAAACGUGGAGAGGCCAAUCAUGUGACAUCCCUUCCUGCUGGAGAGACAUCAGAGAACCUUGAAACUGAGCGCCUGGAACUUUUAAAGAAAGUGAAAAAAAAGAAACAAUGCAUGGACAAUCAGAGAAAAAAAAUGGCAAAGACAUUUGCCUUACGUAGACAAGAAGUUGUGGAAAAGCAACCUAGUGUUCAGGAACUGCAAGAACGAUGGCCAGCUCUGUUUCCACAAGAGGAGAUAAAUGCAAACCUUUUGCGCAUCACGACUUUACCUUUGCAAUCGAGAUUUUUGGCCUCUUUGGACAGACAGAGCUCUCAGCUUCUCCAGGUUAUUAGGAGCAAAGGUGGAGCCGUCCGUGAAAAAACUAAGGACACUAUUAAAGUGAUGGAUCAGAGUCUGGACAUAGACAUCAGACGAGAGUGCCUGCUGAAGUGCCUCAACAUAUACAUUGGUGAAGAUGCAUGCUGUCUGAUCAAAGAAAACCAGGUAAUUGGCGGCUUGAGGGAGGAAGCGGAGAGAGAGUUUGAAAAGACCACCAUGGCGGUUUCUGUGAUACGUGAAAGUGAUGCUCUCAGUCAUCCACUGGACAUUGCCAUUGUCGUUGACGGUGUGGAGGUACUAAAUGAGUUGUCCUCUGUUGCAUGUGCCUGUAGCAUGAUGUUUGGACUCAUUUAUGCACUGAACUUAAAAUAUCCUUUAGGACUUAAAUAUACCUUUGAGGCCUUUCAAAAAAUUAUCAUGGACAUAGAGUAA